GGACCACCUUCCACCUGGAAACCAAUGCCCUCACUGCGGGAGAACAUGCAGGUCAAGAAUAGGGCUCCACAGUCACCUACAGACCCACCGCCAGGACACUGAUCCUGGAAGACUAUCCUACUGGGACAACGAGAGAUCGCCUAAUUUCUAAUGUCAAAAAAAUGUCGCCAAGGACUUGAAGGCUCCCAACAACAACAAAAUCAUCUUGGAGAGCAAGUGAGUCCCUGGACAGAGCAGAGCAAGAGCAGGAGUUUUCCUACAUGCAAGGACUCACGAAAAAAAAAAACCUCCGGGAUUUCUGGGAUCUGGUGUGUCUUCUGAAGCAAGAGGAUUCCUAGGAGGGCCCUGGGAAGAGCCUCUGGGUUUCUCUCUGCCAGAGCAGGGCUGGCACAGGACAUACCCUCGAAUAACCUGCUCAUGUUCCCAAGAAGAAGCCGCAGCAGGAGAGAGCCACGCACACAACCAAGUAGAUCUGUCCUCUCUUCCUUCCAAGAGGAAAAAAAAUAGGAAGAAGGCAGGGAAGGGAAGCGCGAAGUUGGCAGCUAACUAAUUCCACUGCAGAGAGUUGGGGACUGCAACGGCGCGGAGGCAGCGGCUUUUGUUGACAGAGGCGGCGGCGGCGGCGGCGGCCGGGUGUUGAAGAGGCGGCGGGAGAAAGGGGUCCGAGCGUUGGCCAAAGCGGCCCCGGAGAAGCCCACCCCUCUCCAGGGUCUCCCCGAAUCGCCUCCCUCCCGGCGCCCCUCCUUUAGAUCCCCCCUCCUGCAGUAUUUCCCAAACAGGCGGAGGAUCCCCUUCCCAGCCCCAAGGGGACCGCAUCUGGCUUUUGGGGGCUCGAUCCGGAUUGUUUGCGGAUUGCACCGCAACUGGAGAAGCCCAGCGCGUCCUCUGGGUGGAUCCCAGCACCGCCAAGGACCCCGAGCUGCAGUCCCGAGGAAGAGUCAAGGAGAUGCUUGCCCCACGUCCCUCUCGGAGGUGGAGGAACUUCCUCGGGUCCCUUGGGCUGCUUCUUUGACCCCAAGGCGUGGGCUGCCGGGUCUGGGAUGGCCAGGGAUGGCUUCGGAAGGGGGACCCGACCCCGCCGCUGAGAGCGAUGCCAAUCCCACAGAAGCAGAAGCAGAAGAAGAUGAAGAACAAGAAGGAACUGCAGCUCCUGAUGCUGCUGGAGAGGAGCAGCGGCCUGUCAAGCAGUCCUUGAGUUCCUCCAUGUGCAGAGAGUCCCACUGGAAGUGCCUCCUCCUUUCCAUCCUUAUGUAUGUGUGCUUGGGGGCUGUCACUUGGUGCCAACUCACCAAAGUCACUAAACUCAGUUUUGAUACCUCUUUCAAAGGUAAAUCUAUGACUUACCAUGACAGUCCUUGCUCUGAUGGCUAUGUGUAUAUCCCAUUAGCCUUUCUCACAAUGCUGUAUGUGGUUUAUCUGGUGGAAUGUUGGCACUGCCGGACCAAAAGUGAACUUCAGUACAAGGCUGAUGUGGAAAGUGUCUAUGACCGAAUUGCCAGAAUGAAGCAAGCAACCCCGUGUAUAUGGUGGAAAGCCAUAAGCUACCAUUUUGUCCGGCGAACUCGGCAGGUGACCCGAUACCGUAAUGGGGAUGCUUAUACAACCACCCAGGUCUACCACGAAAGAGUCAACACCCAUGUGGCUGAAGCUGAAUUUGAUUAUUCCAACUGUGGAUUCAAGGACAUCUCUAAGGAACUCAUGGGCCUGGAGUUGUAUUCAGCCACAAAAUUAAAGUUCAGCAAGUGUUUCAGUUUUGCCAACACAGAGUCUGAGAAUUCUUACCUCACACAGAGAACUCAUUUCUUCACAGAAAUCGAAGGGCUGGAUGACUACAUGGAAGUCAGAGAAGGAAUGAAGCUCAAAAAUAUAGACUUCAAGGAACUCAUGAUGGCCUAUGGGGACCCAGAUCAUCUCCCAUGGUACAUCUCCCAUUAUGCUUUCUGGGUGGCUGCUUUAUUGAUGAUUUCAUGGCCACUGAGAGUUUUCAUAGAGUAUCGGACUGCAUAUGUACACUACCAUGUGGAGAAGCUCCUUGGGGUGGAGUACAGAGUGCCCACUGUGGCAGAGGAGCCCUUGUACAGAUAUCGCAUACCCAGAGUUAGCACUCAGGACAGCACUGAACUUGAGUGGCACAUUUGCACCAAUCGCCAGCUCAUUCCCAGCUAUUCAGAAGCCAUGCUCAUGAACUUGACAAGUUCUUCCAUGUGCAAUGGCUACUCCAUGUGCAGAUACAGUGAAAUUACUCGUGGCUGUGAGCGUUGCCAUCAUGCCUCUAGUACCUCCUCCAUCUUCUCUCGCCACGCUUUCCACAGCUGCAGUGGAAACUCACAGUUCUCUCUCAACACCAGUCACUUCUCCUUGUGCCGGGUUCAUGGCUCUCACAGGACAGGUCUCGGGAGGAGUCACAGCAGCAGCAUUGCCGAUCGUGGCUGUCAGGACGAACAGUGCUGCUCCCACUCUAGCCAACUGGCUGUCAAUGAAAACCCACCGACUUAUCAGGAUGCCCGUUUUUUCCCAGUGCUAAUUGUUCAUCGGUCGGAAGGGCAGGAAGGGAGGCACUUCUGCCUCCGCCGGGCAUCUUGCCUGGAGACUUCAUUGUGAAAACACCAUGAGGACAGUAUCACUUCCUAAAAGCUAUUUCCCAAUAUCAGUGAUACAGUGUAACUGAUCCAAGUCCCAGUUGAUCAUUUCUCCUAAUAAGGGGACAUGCUUACUCAUUAAUCUGUGAAGGAUAAAAUCUCAAAUGAAGGGUAAAUUAACAUGAAAUUAUUACACCGAUAUCCUGCUCUUUCUCCAACUUGUUCAGGGUACUGUCUUUGAUGUUAUACUGUCCUGUCACUACAUUAACCUUAUAAUCAGUCCCCAGGCAAGCUAAAAUGACUUUGUCCAAGGCCAAGCUAUUAGCUUCGAGACUGAUCAAAUAUAUGAUUUCAAGUGUCUUUCCUCAAAGGCUCACACAUAUCUGCUAUUGCGACACCACACAAAACUAACAGUCUUAUGUAGUUAUAAUCUGUAGUCAAUUUUCCAUGCUCUCUUUUCAAUUGAAUGUCCAUACAGAAAAAACAUUUGUGUAUAGCUCUGCAGACAAAAUACAGGUUGAACAUCUCUUAUCUAGAAUUCCAAAAUCCAAAACAGCUCAAAAAUCUACACGUGGGUGGCUAAGGUAGUGACACCUUUGCUUUCUCAUGGUUCACUGUACAUAAAGUUUGUUUCAUGCACAAAAUUACUUAUAAAGUAUUGUGUAUAAAAUUAUCUUCAAGCAAUAUAUAUAAAUAUGUGUGUAUAUGAAAUAUGUUUAGACUUGGGUUCCAUCUCCAAGAUAUCUCAUGAUGUACAUAUGUGCACAUACAUGUAUUCCAAAAGUCCAAAAUACUUCUGGUCCCAAGAAUUUUUGAUAAACGAUACUCAACCUUUAAAACUAUCCUUACUUUCUCCUCUCUAAAUCUCAUGUCACUUUCAUCCAGAAAUAUCCUUUCAUCUUGAGGCCCUUCCACACAGCCCUAUAUCCCAGAUUAUCAAGGCAGAAAAUCCCACAAUAACUGCUUUGAACUGGGUUAUCUGAGUCCACACUCAGAUAAUGUGGGAUUUUCUGCCUUGAUAUUCUGGAAUAUAGGGCUGUGUAGAAGGGCCCCUGGUUUCCCAUAUUGUCUAUCUCCUUCUCCUUUCCUGUUUUUUGGAAUUGUGAAAGCAUGCUCAUUUGAAAUCAUUAAUGUGUGACCUUCUCUAACCAUCACACUGAGAAUGAAGCCAGUGCCAUAGAAAAAGUCAGUGGUUUUCCUUCUAAGACCACAGUUUUAAGCUAAUAUCCCCAUAUCUCACAUGUCUCCUGUAAAUAGAGCAAGGUACGUGAAUAGCUGAUAAGAGAAUGGGUAUUCAUCCUUGCCCAUCCUCAGUAGAAAACCCUAUUUUACAUCCUACACUAUGCUGAUGAAAAAAUAUAAUGAAAUUUCGUUUAACUGUAAAAGUGAGUUAAACUAUUAUUCUUGCUAGAGUAUUGUUAACUAAAUAUAUCUAUUAAACAGCAUAGCUAAUCUGCUUCAUAUACUUGUUCUGAUGUCUUGAAGUUGUUCUCUUGUCAUAUGACAAUGGGGCCAUGGCAAUGUUUACCAGAUUAUAGCAGCAUGAAGAGCAAGAAAGUCAUCCUCCUGGAUUUACAGUAAUGCUCAGAGAUAUGGGAAAGAGCAGAAUUACUGCAAGCCCAGGAGGGUGGCUUUCUUGCUCUUCAUGUUGUUUCUCAAAAGAAGGGAGUUUAGUUGCAUGCUGCAAGUCACUUGCGUAAUGGAAGACCUUCUUAUAGGCACUCCAAGUGGCCAGCUAAUGGUCAAAGGACAUUUAAUAUAAUGCCAAGUUUUAACUUUGUGUUUUUAAAUACAUUACAACUGCCUCAAUUCGCUUCUGCCACGAUAAAUAAAUAAAAAGAAGGGAGAGCAGAAUACAAGUCUCAGGUACAUCUAACAUCAUCUCUGUCUUAGCAGAGCUUUUUUUCCCUUUUCUUAAUGCUUUCAUAUUCUUGCUUUAUUUUUUAAAAAAAAUCUCUUCCUUCUGUUCUUCCAUCUCCUCUCUAUUUCACUGUUAGAUGCUUGUUAGAUGUUCUUUCACACUUUCUAAGAUCAGAAAGUAAUACCUGUCACCUAGAUCAAGUCCUUUUCCUGAUUUUCAGGCUACAGCCAGCAUCACUUAAAACUAGGGUUGCCAGAAUGAAACUGUAGCUUUAAUGGUUGUGUAAAAGAGGGAAUUUCAGCUAAUUUUGCUUGUCACAUAACCACUGGUAAUCAGCAACACCUGCUGAAAUACUUUCUUCUAUGCAACCAUUAAAGUUGUCUUCAGUUUUCACUCUGACAACCCAUUCAACACAGAUUUAAUGGGGCAUAUGAUCCAUAUAGGUAGAUAUAGGUUAAGUAUCCAUUAUCGGGAAUUCUGAAACACUCCAAAAUCCAAAAUAGUCCAUAUAGGUGGCUGAGAUAGUGACACAUUUGCUUUAAAAUAUUGUAUAAAAUUAUCUUCAGGUUAUGUAUGUAUAUGAAACAUACAUUAUGUUUGUUAUUAUAUACAUAUAUGCUAAUACAUAUAUUCC